AUGGUUGAAUGGGUUGUUAUAGUUUACGAUAAGCCUGGUUCUGACAGAAGUGCUUGCAGACCACAACAUUUGGCAGGUAUUCCACCAUUAGUUGAAGCUGGUAAGAUUGUCCAUGCUGGAGCAAUCUACAAGGACGUUGUUGACGGUAAGCCUGCCAAUUUUGCCGGUUCUCACUUGACUAUCGUUGCAGACAGCAAGGACGAAGUAGUUGAACUUUUGAAGAACGAUGUCUUUGCUAAGAACGACAUUUGGGACGUUGACAAUGCUUUAAUCUACCCAUUCGGUUGUGCUGUUCGUAAAGAAAAACAAUGA